AUGAAGUAUUUGCAUUUAGUGUUUUUUCUGUUAAGUGUUACUAAUUUUGGAAUGUGUGCCAAAAUAUUAGCUAUCUUUCCUUUUCCGACAUACAGCCAUUAUAUUCUUGGCUCAAAAAUUAUGAAAAAAAUGGCAGAACGAGGUCAUGAAAUAACUAUUAUAAGUUAUUUUAAAGAAAAUUCAGUUGUUAAAAAUUGGAAAGAAAUUGUCCUUUAUGAAGAUCAAGAUAGGAGAGAAUCAAUGAUUAAAAGUGAGUUCACCCAAAAAAAAUCAUUUUUUAAAAAUACAUUAGAUGUAUUCCUCGUAAAUACUUUAUUUUCUGAAUUAAUUUUUAAAAAUACGGAAGUUCAAAAAAUAUUUAAGAAUACAUAUGAUUUAGUUGUGUAUGAUAAGUUUUUGUCACAAAUUUAUACCGCAUUAGGCUACCAUUUUAAAUGCCCGGUAGUUUGUAUAACAACAGUGUAUGCAAAUAUAUUUAUAAACUUUUUGGUGGAAAAUCCACACUACACAUCCAUAACACCAAAUGUUCACUCUGACUUGACAUCAUAUAUGAAUUUGUGGGAAAGGUUUAUAAAUUUCAUUUAUGAUUCAAUUUUUAUGGGUUUAAUGCAUUUAUAUAGUAUACCUACUGAAAAUAAAAUCCUUCAGGAAACGUUAGGCCCAAUGCCCCAUCUAAAAAAAUUAAUAAAUAAUGUAGAUUUAUUUUUACUAAACUCACAUCACAGUUUGUGUCCAAACAUUCCUUUGGCUCCAUCAAUGAAGGAAAUAGGUGGAGUACAUAUAAGCCCUCCAAAAAAAUUGCCUUCAGAAAUACAAGACUAUUUAGAUAAUUCCGAAAAUGGUGUAGUCUAUUUUUCAAUGGGUUCAAUUUUGGAAAGUUAUUUAUUACCAAAUAAAGUUUUACUAGCCUUCCAGACUUUUUUUGCCAAUAUUUCUCAAAACGUUUUAUGGAAAUUUAAAGGAAAUGUUGGUAAUAUUUCCAAAAAUGUUAAAGUUAUGGAAUGGAUACCCCAACAAGAUGUUUUAGCUCAUAAGAACACAAAGGUCUUUAUAAGUCAUUGUGGAGCAAUGAGUAUGAUAGAGUCAGUAUAUCAUGGUUGUCCAAUAAUAUGCAUUCCGAUAUUUGCUGAUCAAUUUAUAAAUGCUGAGUAUGGAAGUUUUAAUAAAUAUGCAAUCAGACUCAGAUUUAACAAACUUGAUGCCUUGGACUUACAAAAUGCCCUAAAAAACAUUUUGGACAAUCCAAUAUACAAAGAAAAAGCUAAACACCAUUCCAAGCUUCUAUUAGACAAUCCUAAAAAACCAAUGGAUACUGCUUUAUUUUGGCUGGAAUAUGUGAUAAAACACAAAGGACUACCCUACACUAAAUCCAAUGCUUUAAAUCUUAAUUGGUAUCAAAAAAAUUAUUUAGAUUUAAUUAUAUUUUUAUUUUUUAUUUUAUGUUUUUUGUAUUAUGUAUUUAAAGUUAUAUGCAAAGGUAUUCAGCAAAUUUUAAAUUUUGUACUCAUUUAUUUUUUGUACGUAUUAUAA